UAGGAAAUUAAUUGCUAUUUACGUGCAAUAGUCUUAGCUGUGUCUGUGUGUCACUCAUGAAGUGAAGAUUUUAAGUUGCUAGAAUGGCGAAUGAAACGUACUGUGCUGCAGAAAGUGCCAACGGGACGGAAACGCAUGAGGAAGAACAUUACACGGCGCAUUAUGCUGUUCUCGCCGUCACUUUUGUUGUGUUUUGGGGUAUUUUGGUGAGGAACAUAUGGAAUAUCCCAGCGAUUAAGAAGUAUGUACCUCUCCCCUACACGGUGGUUAUGCUAAUCGUAGGGCUGAUCUGGGGGUUGAUUUAUGAAGCAACAGGGGAAGAAACCGGUGAUCUUGGCGAUCUUUCAAUAGCAUUCAGCUACUUGGUAAAAAUUCACCCGGACAUCAUUCUGUACGUUUUCAUCCCCGCCCUGGUCUUCGAAUCCUCAUACGCAAUCAACCACCACACAUUUCGAGUGGUGUUCGCAAACGCCUUUCUCGUAGCAUCGGUCGGCGUGGUGAUUGUCAUCGGUCUCACAUCGACGUUCUGCUUCUACGCGUUCACGAAGUAUGAGUGGGAUUGGCUUACGGCACUGCUGCUGUCCUCUAUUCUCGCGGCCACUGAUCCUGUCGCUGUCGUGGCCUUACUGAGAGAGUUGGGCGUGAGUGAGAGGUUAUCCACACUUAUUGAAGGAGAGUCUUUGCUAAACGAUGGAUCGGCGUUUGUGUGCUUUCUGCUGUUCCUCGAUCAGUUGACAGCAUGUCCCGGAGAGGAGCGAAACGCGGGGGAAUUUGCCACAUUCACUCUCCAGCUGGCGGUGGGAGGACCACUGAUGGGCAUCGCAUUUGCCAUUAUGACCAUCAUCCUGCUUGACCUGACUUUUUUCGAUGAUAUCAUCGAGGUCUCCAUCACUAUAAUCGCUCCAUACCUAUGCUUCUGGACUUGCGAAUACGUGGAGGUGUCGAGUGUAUUGGGGGUAGUCUUCCUCGGACUUUUCGUUGGCCGCUUCGGGAAGGCCAUGUUGAGUUCCCUCGAAAGUGAAGAGUACAUACACCGGGUGUGGGAACUGAUAUCUUGGUGGGCGAACACCUUGUUGUUCGUCAUCACUGGAAUGGUGUUGUCAGAUCGCGUAUUUUUCAACAGCGGAGGCGUUCUGGAUGCCACGGACGUCGGCUACCUGUUCGCGCUCUACGCUGUUCUGCACGUGGUGCGGUUUAUCUCGAUUGCAGUACUGAUGCCAGUGCUACGAUUGAGUGGGUAUGGAUUAAACUGGGGCGAGGUGACCGUCAUGACCUAUGGUGGUCUCAGAGGGGCGAUUGGACUGGCUCUUGCACUUAUCGUGGAGGAUACAGCGCAGGUGAACGAAGCGGAUCGAACGCGUAUUAUGUUCUUGGUCGGCGGUAUUGUCGGGCUGACACUGCUGGUGAAUGGAUCCACCACCCAGUUUCUAUUAAAGGUUUUCCACAUGGGAGAAAUCACACCUGAGCGAUACCAGAUUUUGGACAAUAUCAUCGACCACACGCAAGAGGUGGUCUACGAGAGCAUCAACAAUCUGCAGGCGGAUCCUUUCUUCCAGGGUUCUGAUUGGGUUAAAGUCAAUGACAAUUUGGACCUGGAUAACUUCUUCAUUGAGAGAGAUGUUCAAGCAGACAGCUACGAAGAAGUGGCUAUUGAUGCUACCGUGCCAAUGGCGAGUACUGCGGAUGGAGAGGCUGAUAUAGAAGCGGCGCAGCAUCUGCCGCCUGCUUCUGAAUCCGAUGCGGGUGUCACGCCCAUGGCCUCGGAAAAGCAACGAAAGGAAUUACGUAUGCUCUUCCUGUCGUCACUGAAGGCUAUUUUUACAAGGUAUUUCUACGAGGAGCGGAUUUUAAACACCUACGCAUAUAAUUCUCUGAUGGAUGCUCUCAACAGAGAAGGCGACCUUGAUACUGACAGUUUGGCGGAUCUGUGGGAGAAAACAAAAGGCAACGUACGCCAACCCGACUUCCUUCGGAAACUGCGGAAUGUACCGGGUCUCGGCUGGGCUGCCCAAAGGGCUACAUACUACUAUAUCAGUACCUACUUACAGCGAUGUAUCGCAUUUAUCCAGGCGAUGCGAGAGGUGAGAAUUGUAUUAGAGCAUGCCGAGGGACAUGUCGCUGACCCGCUGCGCGAUGAGAUCGAAGAGAUCACUAGAGACGCGCAUACGGAUUUAGUUGCUAUCACCGGAUGGGCUCCUGAGGCGAUCACUUCGCUGCAAACGCAGCACUCCACGUUCCACAUCCUUAAAAUGUUGCUGCAUGAAAUCACCGAGGGUCUCGAGGAAGGCAUUCUCGAGUCCUCAGAGUUUGAGGCGUAUCGUCAACUGAUCUACAAACGUAUCAAAGAUCUCAAGCGCCAGCGUAUCUACGCUCCCGACGCCAGCACAGACAAGGAGAUUCUCGAGGCGUUUGGAGGUUUGCAGUGCUUUGCCGAGGCGUACUACAAGUUAAACCUUAACCAUCACAAGGUGUUCAUCGAUGUUGGAGAGUCGCUAUCGCUGAAGAGCAAGGACAAGUCGAUAUUCAUCAUUCUGCGGGGUGUAUGCAGGUGGACCCAGCUCGAGUAUGAGGGAGCGCCUGAAUUGGGCGAGAUCACUGAAAAGGACGAGAAGAAGGCCGCGCAGGGGUUCGAAAAAAUAUUGCCCUCGAUAAUGAAGAACAAGGAUACUGAUGGGGAAGUCAUAAAGGAAGAGGAGGCCGACAAGUCCAGUGUGAGCUCACCGAACAUAUCUCCGCCGUCUGCGGAGCACUCGCCUGAUAUGCAGGCGAGCCGCAACGAGCAAUCGGUAGGUAACCUCGAGCACUGA